CUCCCAUUUUUUUUUUUUACAUUCUCUCCCCAAAUUCUUAUAUUACUCUCUGAGUCUCUUCAUUUCUGCAACCCCUUUUGCAUCACACACACAUACAUACAUAUAUAUAUAUAUGUGUAUAUAAACACAUACACACACAUAUAUAUACAUACUCUCAAAUUUUACUGCAGAAAUGUCAAAGUGAUAUACAUGCACUGACAGUCACAGCUCCAGGGAUAUAACCAAGUGAGAAAAAUGGGGGAAGAAGAACAGAAGAUGUGCCACUGACUUUUUAUUUUUAUUUUUUUGGGUGAGGGAGAGAUUAUAAUAUCUCUAUUUUUUUAAAAAUUUAUUUAAAAACUUUUGUGGGUGAAUAAUAAUGCCAGUCCCUCUUGCGCCAUAUCCAUCGCCUCCGACGCCGUACGCUCCUCCUCCUCCACCAGCCACUAACGGAGGAGGAGGGCAGAGCCAGUUGGUCUGUUCAGGGUGCAGAAACCUUCUACUGUAUCCAGUGGGAGCUACCUCCGUCUGUUGCGCCGUCUGCAAUGCCGUUACCGCCGUCCCUCCUCCCGGUACGGAGAUGGCGCAGUUGGUGUGCGGAGGAUGUCACACUCUUCUUAUGUAUAUUAGAGGAGCCACUAGCGUUCAAUGCUCCUGCUGCCACACCGUUAAUCUCGCUCUCGAAGCGAAUCAAGUUGCGCAUGUAAACUGUGGGAACUGUAGGAUGCUUUUGAUGUAUCAAUACGGAGCAAGAUCCGUCAAAUGUGCCGUUUGCACCUUUGUCACUCCCGUUGGGGCGUCCACGACCACGACCACAUCCGACCAAAAAUUCAACAUUUGAAUAUAUCUAUAUAUAUAUAUAAGUCUAAUUACAUAUCCGAUCUUAUAAUUGAAUUUUCUAAAGGGGAUGUGAGUUCAAGUUGCAUCUACAAUGUAUAGAGCCUUCUCUCUUGAGGUUUUUUUUUUCCUUUCUUUUUUUUUUGUUUAAAUUAUGAUGUUUGUAUUUGUAUGAGUGAUUCACAAAUAAAGCAAGUUACUGUCUUGUCGUUGCUUUA